CGCCUCGCUACUAACCAUGUCCCUAUCUGUGGAGUCCCAGCUGGGCUCCGUGCUGCUGGUGCUGGCAUGUUUCGUAGGCCUGGGGCAGCUCAGUGUGGACAGCUCAUUCAGGGAAUGCGCACACUUUCUCUACAAGCAGCAGCCGCCCACCGGUGUCCAGAACAAAGACUUCCAAAGCAUCUGCCAGCGUUACAACAACCAGCCUCGGUACGCCACCCUGUACGACUCCUCAAAGCGGAUCCCCUUCUACUCUGCCUACACCUUCAAGCGGUCUGAUGGCGAGAAGCACAUUAACUUUCCCUGGAUGUACGAACCACAGCUCUCCAGUCCAUCUGCUACAGACAACAUGCUUCCCUUCCUUGAAGUGCUGCCCGAACUGAAGCUAGAUGAGGCCCAAGCCGUGCUGGAAGACUAUGCUGACAGUGUAAUGUACGUGCGUGGUCAGCUGAACCCAGAUGAGCACCAGGCGGACCCAGAUGACAAAGCUGCAACUUACACUCUAACAAAUGUGGUGCCGCAGGUGAAGGACUUCUACCGUACACAGUGGUCCCACCACCUCAACAAUGUACGUCAGAGGCUCAACAACUACUGCCACAGCACGGCCUAUGUGGUUACUGGUGUCACCACAACAGGAAACACAAUCCGUAGGGACAACGUGAACCGGGUGGCCAUACCGAAGUAUAUCUGGUCAGCGUACUGUUGUCCUGACUUUGACACUAAUGCCCCCUACGAUAUACGCUACAAGUUCCCAUCCUUUGCCGCGUAUGGCCUCAAUGAGGUUGCCAGUAGCUUCAUAAUGGAGGUGUCUCAAAAGAGGAUUGAAACUCUAAUCAAGCAGCAGAUGCCUGUAGACCAGAACUUCCAACUCUUUGCAAGUAACUGCAUCCCAGAGGUGUGAAUUUUAACCCUCAGUAACUUUUUGCAUUUGAAAUGUUCUAUUUAGCCUGGAAUUCUAUAGUGGUUAAAAGCAGCCAAGUAAAAUGUAACCUUUGGAUGAG